AUGAGCGAUUUCCCUGCGUUUGGUGCCAGUAUGUUCGAUAAGUUUGUCAAGGGCCUGCAGGAUAAGAGUUUCAAGUUGCGCUCUGAGUGGGGCUUCGAGCCUGCUCAGGUGACUCCGAUCGUUUCUGACACUCUGGUCGACUAUCUCGAGCGCGGAGUCAUUCGAUCCACCAAACGCAUCAAGCGUACCUUGGGAGACGCUCAGGUUAAGCUCGAUGACGGCGAGACACUUGAUGUCGACGUUCUGAUAUGGUGCAUGGGGUAUAAAGCCGACUUCAGUAUGCUCGAAACCCGAUUCAAUCCUGCCGCCAACUCAAAAUCAUGGUCGGAAGCAAGCGGGUCAAACGGCAAGUUGCUUGCUCGAUUGUACCACAAUGUCUUUUCACUCGAAAAGCCAAACAGCCGGACUUUCUUGAGAAACGUGCGCUUCACAAUAUCUGGUUUCUAUAAAUUUGACAUGGCAAGUAUGGCUAUAGCAAAGAUCUGGAAAGAUGAAUUAGAUCUCCCACCUCUGGCCCGUGGAGCAGGCUGUAGAUGA